AUGCAGAUGCGGGAGGCUAAACCAUAUAAAUGCAAUCAGUGCAUCAAGUCCUUUGCCAACAGCUCGUAUCUCUCCCAACAUAUGCGAAUUCAUUUAGGCAUUAAGCCAUUCGGUCCUUGUCAGUAUUGCGGCAAGAAAUUCACACAGUUAUCUCAUUUACAACAGCACAUACGAACUCAUACAGGAGAAAAGCCAUAUAAGUGCAAGUUUACUGGAUGUGAAAAAGCAUUUAGUCAGUUAAGUAAUUUACAAUCUCAUUCACGUUGUCAUCAAACUGAUAAACCUUAUAAGUGCAAUAGUUGUUAUAAAUGCUUUGCUGAUGAACAAAGCUUAUUGGAUCAUAUUCCUAAACAUAAAGAAUCAAAACAUCUGAAGGUUCAUAUAUGUCCGUUUUGCGGUAAAUCAUAUACUCAAGCGACAUAUCUCCAGAAACACAUGACAAAGCAUUCAGAUCGAACACGAACAUCGGGAAUAAGUUUUCGUAAUGAAUUUGGAGCUGAACAAUUAGAUUUAUGGAAUCAGGCUGUGCCAGGAAUGGCUGAAUCACAUGAUGCUCAGCAGUUCGCUUUAAGUCAAUCAGUGAUGAACCAAGCUAUGAUGAAUCAAGCGGUGUCUGCAGCUGGACAAGCUAAUCCCUACAACUCCGGAAUACCAAACUCAGCAUUCACACAACUGCUCAACUUCCGGCCAUCUAGAUCAUACUUCGAUUAUCAGAACAACAUCAAAUCAGCAGACAGACCGACUGGCUUUAAUAUGAUAACACCGCUGGAAAACAUUCAACGCUAUACCCAGCAAGGCGGUUCAGCAGCUCAUCAACAAUUCCCCAGCAGCAUUAUUAACCAUAUGAAACCAACUUACUAG